UGCCACAAAGGGAUCCAGUUAUAGUGGAUUACUGGACCGGCACCACAUUCACAUCACCAACGUGCAGCACGUGGUGGACACGCUACGUAAGGAAGGAAUUGAGGUUCGGCUGGUGAAGCGCAGGGACUACACCGAGGAGACAGUGCAAUGGGCAGAUGCCAUCAUAUCCGCUGGAGGUGAUGGCACAAUGCUGCUCUCGGCCAGUAAAGUGUUUGGGCGGAUCAAGCCUGUCAUCGGAGUGAACACUGACCCAGAGAGAUCUCAGGGUCACUUGUGCCUCCCAGUGAGAUACACUCAGUGUUUCGCAGAAGCUCUGCAGAAGCUCCACCGGGGCGAAUUCAGGUGGCUGUGGCGCCAGCGGAUCAGGAUCAGCCUGGAAGGAGCAGGAAUAAAGACACAUCCUGUGGAUCUCCACGAGCAGCAGCUGAGCCUGCAGCAGCACAUCAUCGCACACCGCAGCACGGCACAGCCCGCCUCUUGCAGUCCUGUGAACUGUGAGCCGCAGUUGCUGCCUGUCCGAGCGUUGAACGAGGUGUUUGUGGGGGAGUCCCUGUCCUCUCGGCUCCGGUAUCAUUCCCACAAACAAAGUCUUAAAUUCUCGCUUCAUAGGGCCUCAUAUUAUGAGAUCUCUAUUGACGAUGGACCCUGGGAGAAGCACAAGAAUUCUGGCCUCAACAUGUGUACUGGGACUGGCUCCAAGGCUUGGUCCUACAAUAUUAACAGAUUGGCCUGUCAGGAAGUGGAAGACCUUCUGUCUAUUGCUAAACAGAAGGGUAAUGUGGAUCUGACCAUCAAUCGAGAGCUUGUGGAACAAGUCACUGAUCACUACAACCAGUCGCUUAUAUUCUGCCCUGAGGAGCCCAAGAUCUUCUUCAGUAUCCGAGAGCCCAUUGUAAACCGGGUCUUCACCAGCUCUCAGCACCGAGGCUUCACCAGCAAGAUGUGUGUCCGGUCGAGGUGCUGGGAUGCCUGUAUGGUGGUGGAUGGCGGGACCUCCUUUGAGUUCAAUGAUGGUGCGAUCGCCACGCUGACUGUGGAUGAGGAAGAUGCCUUGUGCACAGUUGUCUUGGAGGAUUGAGGUUUCCUCCCUAUGGACUGUGCCAUACUACUGAGUGGAUGACAGUGGGCUGUGUGCAGUUGUGUUCACUGCCUUUCCUGUGUGAGUGGCAGAAAUGUCUGAGGUUUUGAGCUACACUCAAUUUGAUCCUUAUGGAUUUUGGGCUGGGUUUAUCUGGGGUUGGGUGGUGAUGGGAGGGAGGGGUUGACGUACCAGAGGGUUUUACCUGGAAGUUUUUGUCACAGUUGCAGUGGAUUAGAGCCCAACAGCCAGGUUGUCCUUUAGUCAGAUCCCUGCCCUCUCAGCUGUCGGAGGGUAUGCAUCCAAUCACAGGCUGACAUGGCCCUGGUGAGUUCCAUCCCUGCAGCCUGCCUCUCCCUCUCACCAGCGCCCCCACCUCUCAUGGGGUAACCCUGCUCUACACGCCACUGUGUGGGCAACAAGGUGCCACGUGAUCCACCUGGAUCCUGACCCUUCCACUCGGAGGGUGGCACUGAGGCUUGCUGGCUGUGUCAGCUCCCAGUUUAAUGGGGCUCGAAUCUACACUUUGUGUAUUGGUGGGUGGACAGAGGGCUUGAUUGGCUUGGGCUUUAACCCUGGCCUCUCCUGUGAGGAGAUCCAGUCGACAUUGAGGGAGAAGCUAAGAGUGUCACGCUGAGGUGAGUGAUGGGAUGUCGUGUGUGAGUGUGUGAGUGCUGUGUCAAUUCAAUCAAAUGUGAAGCCAAAUCAAAACCAGUAAUAAACUUUUAAACAACC